UCAAGCAUGUAGUUGAUAAACUUCAAGAAUUUUAGUUUAAUUUUAGCGCUUGGUGUGUGCGGUCUUGAAAGCUUGUGAACGAAGACAAAAGCAAAAUGAGCAUCUCAAAGCGAUGCUGGCAGUUUGCAACACUGCUUUUAGCUACAUUCAUCUGCCUAUCAGCGGCACAACAACCGAACAACAUUCCACAUGAGCCCGAGUCUUUCAACGAGGAAGCUGCGCAGCAUUUGCUCACACAAAUGAACGAUGUCUAUUGGGCCAGCGCUACGGCAUAUCGGCAAUUCUCUGACGACACACUGAGUCCUGAGAUUUUGAUGCGCGAGAAGCUGCGACCCUUCUAUGAAACAAUGCAAAAAUUCGAUUGGCAAAACUUCGUAGAUCCACUACUGAAACGACAAUUCGAAGUUAUCUUACGCGGUGCCAAAUAUCCACCCAUUAAUUAUAAAUUCAAACGUGCCACCAACACCUUGAAAAAUAUGUCACGCAAGAAGUGGGUUUGCAAUUUGAAGGAGCCGAAGAAAUGCAAUAUGGCAUUCGUGCAUCAAAUCAAAACGAUCUUCACGAAUAACGAUGAUCUGGAUGAGAUCAAGCAUUAUUGGAAGGAAUGGCGCAAUAGAAUGCCCGCUGAUGUGAAAGAUGCACUGCACUAUUACAUCGCGUAUUAUAGAAAUAUGAGUACGCCAGAUGUAAAGCCUUCAGCCUACUGGUAUGAUCAGUACGAAGAUCCCAAUCUGAUAUAUGAACUGGAGAAUUUGAUGGAUUCACUGCGUCCCUUCUAUCGUGAAAUGCACGCGCAUUUACGUAACGUUUUGCGGCACAAAUAUGGUGAUCAUGUUAUACCGCCGACGGGUCUCAUACCACACCAUCUCAUGGAACAAGUCACAUAUCAGGCAUGGAAGAAAGAAACAGUGUUGCAGAACCCAUUUGCAUUCCGGAAAUUACCCAAUAUGCAGACCGAAUUGGACGGCGCCGGUUUGAAACCUUUUGAUUUGGUCAAUAUUAGUGUACAAUUCUUUAGUUCGCUUGGCUUCAGGAAUCUAACUGACGAAUUCAUGAACGAUCACUUCAUCGAAAUGGGCACCGGCACCGGUGGACCCGAUUGCAAGUCACGCAUCUACGAUUUUGGCGAAGUCGAGUUACACUUCUGUCCCAAAGUCUACUACAAAAAGCUGCUGCAGACACACGCUGACAUCACGGCCGUGCAAUAUGCAAUCGAGAAGAAUAAUUUCCGUGUUGGACUCAAUCAAGAAGCCUGUCCCGGGUUUGGCGCGGCUUUGGGUGAAGCCGUCAUUUUAUCUGUAUCAACACCAAAGCAUUUGAAACAGCAUUUGGGUAUUUUAAAGAAUUACGAUUAUGAUGACUUAUUGAACUUGAACCGUCUAUACCGUUUGGCCGCUCACACUCUUCUCACUCUACCCACUUACUUCGUACACGAGAAACUCUGGGUCGACAUGAUCGACGGCCGCGUGCAGCCCGAGCACUACAACUGCCAUUACUGGAAUCUUAUGCAGAAAUAUAUGGGCGUGGAGCCACCACUACAGACCAAUCCCGGCGUUUAUGAUAUGCCUUACAAGUUCUAUGAGGGCGUUGUUGAUCAAUUCCGUAGCACAAAAAAACUUGUCGAUGAGUUCUUGGGCUAUCAAAUCUAUCGCGCCAUCUGUCUGAACGUUGGCGAAUAUGAACGACGCAAUGCUUACAAACCAUUGGAUAAUUGUGAUUUUGCUGGCAGCAAACUUGCUGGCAAAUUUCUUUACGACAUGAUGGGCGCCGGUUCUUCAAAGCCCUGGCGUGAAAUCAUCAAACCACUGACCGUGAUAAAAUUAACAAAUAUGACAGCCACUGCAUUCCUGGAGUACUUUGAACCAUUGAACACAUGGAUUAGCGAGGAUAAUGUUAGCAAGAAUUUGCAUGUCGGCUGGAUGCCCAUCGACAAAUGUAAGCUUGGCACCACGCUACCGAACGCCACCAAUGUGGUUUAUUGAGGAGGAGAGAGACAGGAAGCGAAGGCGUGAAUGCGUGGCACAUGUCAGCACGUUCCAACUGUAAUCUGUACGGAAUCUCAAGCUGGUGACAACACCAGCACAGCUGCUCGUCAACAUCAUCAAACAGCCAACUAACCAGGCACCUAUAGCAAACCACAAACACAUUCACACACACAUACACACAUAUAUAUAUAUAUAUAUAUGUAUAAUAUUACAUAAGGACACAUAGUGUUUAAAAAAAGUUUUGUAUUCUUUAGAUUUUUGUUUUGUGCUUGUUUUUACUUAAACUGGUUGCAACAAUAAAAUCUGUGAAUAGAUUCAUAUAAACGUGAUGUCAACUGAAGUCACAUACAUUAAGCUAAGUGUUGACGGCGCUGCUGUUUAACAUAAAGGACAUUAACGCGAUAACGAAGCAGUUUAAUAUAAGAGCGCCACGUUUUCACAAAUCGAAUUAAGAAACUAGUAGUAGUUUUUUUUGGCAAUAUGAAAUAAAUUUUAAUGAAAUUGCCUAAUGCAAAAA